AUGGCUGCGGGGGUCAGCAAACCGCCCGGGACGUCCAGCCGCAUUCUGCUGGAUAUCCCCUGCAAGGUGUGCCUGGACCACUCGUCCGGCAAGCACUACGGCAUAUUCGCCUGCGACGGGUGUGCUGGGUUCUUUAAGCGCUCGAUUCGGCGCAACCGACAGUACGUGUGCAAGGCCCGCGGGGCGGCGGCCAACGGGUGCCCCGUGGAUAAAACCCACCGGAACCAGUGCCGCGCCUGCAGGCUGCGCAAGUGCCUCGAGGCAGGCAUGAACAAAGAAGCCGUGCAGCACGAGCGGGGGCCCCGCAACUCGACCCUACGGCGCCAGGUGGCGCUCUACCUGAAGGAGGCGACGUCGGCGGCGGGACUACGUAUGGCGCACUCCGCGGCCUCGUCCCAGGUCUGCGGCCCGCCCUCCGGGGCCCCGGGCCCUUCUCCGCCGGGGGCCCUGGGCAGUCCCCACGGCCACCCGAUGCCCUUCGCCCUGCACCCGGCCUUCAUGGGGCCCGACGGCGCGUGUGCGGCCGCGCUCUACCAGUCCUCGCUCAGGCCCCCCGCACUGACGUCGGCGGCCGCAGCCACAGCGGUGGGACUCUGCCACCCGACGCCUAAGUACCCGCACGAGGUCCUGGCGGCCUACCCGGAGACCAUCUGCGAAUCGGCGGCCCGGCUGCUCUUCAUGAACGUCAAGUGGAUGAAGACCGUCACCGCCCUCACGGCCCUGCCAAUGAGAGACCAGCUCACGCUUCUGGAAGAAGGCUGGCGAGAGCUGUUUGUGCUGUCAGCGGCGCAGUUCAUGUUGCCCCUCGAGGUGGCCCCUCUACUGGCCGCCGCAGGGUUGAGCUCCGAACCGUCGACGUCGGAACGGGUGGCGACGCUGGUGUCCGAGAUCCGCAACUUCCAGGAGAUCAUCGCCAGGUUCAAGGAGAUGCAGGUGGACGCCACUGAAUACGCCUGCGUCAAGGCCAUUCUCCUCUUCAAAACCUCCUUUCAAGGACAGACGUCGGAGACACGCACCCUGCGGGACAUACACGCUGCUGCGGCGCUCCAGGACCAGGCCCAGUUGACGUUGUCCAAGUACAUCCAGACGGCGUACCCCACGCAGCCCUUCCGCUUCGGCAAGCUCCUCCUGACGCUGCCGUGUCUGAGGACCGUGUCGGCGACGGCCAUCGAAGACCUCUUCUUCAGAAAGACCAUCGGCGCCAUCCCCAUCGAGAGGUUGCUCUGCGACAUGUACAAGUCCGGAGACUUUUGA